CUUUCUCAUACACUUCAUACACAUACAUACAAACAAAUUUAUACAUUCCCCUCAUGUCCUUGCCAGCUACACCGCGCGUCAACUCUGCCAUGUUGAGCGCACACAUUGGAAAGACUGUCCGAUUCGUUGGAAAGAUCAUGGAGCAAAACGGCACACGAGCUUUCAUGUCUGCACCAGAUAAGGGACAGGUCGAGAUCCACAUGAAUGAGACUUCGCAAUAUGGAACUCAGUUCAUUGAGGUCAUUGGAGUCGUAAAUUCAGAUCACUCAAUUACAGAAAUGGCAUCGACCAACAUGGGCAAUGACUUUGAUUUGGAGACGUACAAUCAAGCCGUGAUUACGAUGCAGCAAUUUCCAACACUAUUUUGAAACCAGCAUCAAGGACUUGAACUAGAAAUUAUUAUCCACAGAUCAUGCGCGUUUUCAAUCUCCCAAUAGUCACCUAUUCAUUUGUAUCAUUUCGACAAUAAGCUUAAAUCAUAAUACUGACAGAUCUUGGACUAAAAUAAAGAAAUACUAU